AUGAUUGUGCUUGGCUGGAUGCUUUUUGUUGAAUUUGCAUGUUACAUGGGCACAUUUCCAGAGUUCAUACCUCCAACUCUGAAGUGGAAAGAGAGGUAGGCCGUUCAGGAGAGCAAGACACACCCGAGGAGCCGGACUUUGGAUGAAGAUCUGCAGCUGUGGGUGGACGUGACGACUCUGAAACUGGAGUUAGUGUAA